ACAACUCCCUAGGGCGUCCCACAGGGUCGCACUUCGCUGCCUUGACGCCAGUGCGGUGAAAUCCUUCCGCGGAAGUAGUUAGGCCCUGCAAUGGUUCAUUUGGGGCAGCCCAUGAGGUUCGCUGGUCAGACGUUAAACAAACGGUGUUGUUUUGGUGAAUCGGAGUUAAAUAUGUUAACAUGUAAAAGUGUUAGGUUAACAGGUUAACAUGUUGAACACCGUGCUCACGAGCCGUGUCGCAGAGACGCGCGGCUGGCAGCGAGCUGUUGGUAGUGACGUCACAUUACUCGCGCUCUUCAAGACUCUUCAACCCUAUCCCAUUAUAGAAGAAGAUGCCUGGCAUGAUGGACAGGGGCUCCGAGUACCUGGGGAAGGGACGCUCCAACGGCGCAAAGAGUCCGUCGAACGCGUCCAACGGACACUUCUCUGAAGAGAGCGCUAGCGACGAAGAGCACGAUGUGGGAAUGCGCGUGGGGGCAGAUUAUCAAGCCUCUGUCCCGGACUUUGACCCUGGUGUGUCCCCGGCAGGCAACACCAGGGAUGGAGAGAAAGACGGUGGAGGGAUGUUGGUUUGGGCACCAUACCACUCCAUCGUUGAAUCCAAACUAGAUGAAUACAUCUCCAUCGCCAAGGAGAAGCAUGGCUAUAAUGUUGAACAAGCCCUUGGCAUGUUGUUCUGGCACCAACACAACGUGGAGAAGUCUCUGGCGGACCUGCCCAACUUCACCCCCUUCCCUGACGACUGGACAGUGGAAGACAAGGUCCUGUUUGAGCAGGCCUUCAGCUUCCACGGCAAGAGCUUCCACCGCAUCCAGCAGAUGCUUCCAGAUAAGUCCAUCUGCAGCCUGGUGAAGUACUACUACUCCUGGAAGAAGACCCGCUCUCGAACCAGCCUGAUGGACCGGCAGGCCCGCAAGCUGGCCUCCAGGAACGCCCCGGAAGACAGUGAUGAGGAGAUGGAGGAGGCCAAUCCAGUCGAAGCCAACGACAGCGACUACGACCCCAACAAGGACGCCAAGAAAGAGAGCCCUGCUGAGGCCCAGGCUGUGACCACUAAGCCCGGGCCGGCCCGCCGGGAGUACCAGACCCUGCAGCACCGGCACCACUCCCAGCGCUCCAAGUGCCGUCCCCCCAAAGGGAUGUAUCUGAGCCAGGAGGACGUGCUGGCCGUCUCCUGCAGCUUCAGCGCAGCCAAUGGCCUCCUCCGUCAGCUGGACACGGAGCUGGUGUCACUCAAAAGACAGGUUCAGAACGCCAAGCAGAUGAACAGUGGUCUGAAACAUGGGGUGGAAAUGGGCAUUGAUGAUUUUCGGCUUCCAGAGAGCAACCAGAAGAUGAAUGCUCGUUGGACGACUGAUGAACAGCUUCUUGCCGUCCAGGGGGUCAGGAAGUAUGGGAAGGACUUCCAGGCCAUCGCAGACGUCAUCGGCAACAAGACCGUCGGCCAGGUGAAGAACUUCUUCGUGAACUACAGACGGCGUUUUAACCUGGAGGAGGUCCUUCAAGAGUGGGAGGCGGAGCAGGGAAGCCACGCCCCCAACGGAGAGGGCAGCCCCCCUGGGGAAGCCGGGAAAAACAGCUCCAACACGUCAGGGAAGAGCACUGACGAGGAUGACGAGGAGGGUCAGCUGACUUCCUCCUCUCUGUCUCCUGCGCUGUCUUUGAUCGCCCAGAGCUCCUCCCUCCACCUGCCCCCCCCUCUCCUGAGACCCUCCCUUCCCGCCACCCCCGCUUUGCAUCGCCAGCCCCCUCCCCUGCAGCAGCAAGCCCGCUUCCUCCAGCCCCGCCCCUCCCUCAGCCAGCCCCGCCCCUCCCUCAGCCAGCCCCGCCCCUCCCUCAGCCAGCCCCGCCCCUCCCUCAACCAGCCGCCGCCCCUCAUCCGGCCCUCCAGCGCCCUGCUCCCCCGCCUCAACCCCCGACCCGUCGCACCCCCCGCCGGCCUGCAGCUCACAAACAAAUCAGAACCCUCCUCUUCCCUCCACUAACCAAUCAGAAACCUCCUGCUCUGCUAACCGACACUUCCUUCCCCUCCCCCACCUUCCCUCACCUGCAUCCCAACUAGCCUCCACCUACUCCAGGUGUUGAACUAAUCGUAUAAGGAGGGGAACAUUAUGGUUUCUGUUGAAGAUCUUGGACCAGACCGGCCUCCAAACCCACUGGUCCGCCUGUUGAAGAUCUUAGACUAGACCAUCCUCCAAACCCACUGGUCAGCCUGUUGAAGAUCUUAGGACUAGACCAGCCUCCAAACCCACUGGUCCGCCUGUUGAAGAUCUUAAGGCUAGACCAUCCUCCAAACCCACUGGUCAGCCUGUUGAAGAUCUUAAGACUAGACCAGCCUCCAAACCCACUGGUCAGCCUGUUGAAGAUCUUAAGACUAGACUAGCCUCUAAUCACUGGUUCGCCCUUUGAAGAUCUUAAGGUGCGUUCAUACCAAACGCGAAGGGACGACACGACUCCAUACAAAGUCAACGUAGAGACGUGAAUCGGGUUUUGAUUUGUCGCGCGACACUUUCGCCCUGCACUGGCGAGAGCGUUCGUGAGGAUUUGCAGUGCGACCAAUUCGUUCGAGUUGAAAUAUUUCAACUUUGCAGCGACAUUCGCGUGAUGACAGCCAAUUAGCGUUCAACAGCGUGGCCACUGAGUGACAUGUGUAACGUAACAGCCAAUCAGCGUUCAACCGGCCAACCGUUCCCUGCAGUGCAGUCCAGGGUGAACCGCAGCACAGUCGCCUGACAAAACUUGCACAGCGACAGUUUAUGAUUUGUCGCGCGACAAAUCUUGGGGGGGACAACGCGAUUGGGCGACAAAUGUGUCUUUCGGUGUGAACACACCUUUAGACUAGACCAUCCUUCGAUCGCCUGCUGAAGAUCGGAGGUAAAGAAGGGUUCUCGGCAUUGUUCAACAAACAGAACAGGAAACAACUUCUUCAUGACCUCAAAAGUCUGUCUUGAUUUUGUGUUGUGUUGUCAAUCAUCUGAAAAUGUUCCACAUCCAAAUGUACAAAUACUCUUAGCCUUCAUUUCUUCUCCAUUUGUGGGAAUGUAUUUCAUUGUAAAAGUGCUCUUAUGUCAUCAACGUCUAGCUGGAACAUUUAUGGAUAUGGACAAUUAAAACUGGUAGCUAAAUGGGCUUUAGUUGAAAGUGAAAUGUUGAUGUAACUACUGUUUGUUUGCGGUAUUAAGACCUGUCUAUCUAAUGGUUAUAAGUUAAGUCCUUAAUUAAUUUAUCAAUACAGAUUACUUUUAUCAGACA